AUGGAUAGGAAGACUCUGCUGUCACUGGAGGAUGAGGAAGAACAGGGAAAACAUAAAAUCGCUGAUGGUCUGAAGACGGCACUGAGGACACAGCCAAUGAGGUUCGUGACGCGGUUCAUUGAGUUGGACGGCCUGUCUUGUAUCCUGAAUUUCCUCAAGUCGAUGGACUAUGAGACCACUAACUCUCAGAUCCACACCUCACUGAUCGGCUGCAUCAAAGCUCUGAUGAACAACUCUCAGGGCAGGGCUCAUGUGCUCGGUCACUGUGAGAGCAUCAACAUCAUCGCACAGAGUCUCACCACUGAAAGCAUCAAAACCAAGGUUGCGGUGUUAGAGAUCCUUGGUGCAGUAUGUUUGGUGCCAGGAGGCCAUAAGAAAGUUCUAGAAGCCAUGCUGCACUAUCAGAAAUUUGCCUCGGAGAGAACACGCUUUCAGACCUUGCUGAAUGACUUAGAUAGAUCCACAGGCCGCUACAGAGAUGAAGUGAACCUGAAGACGGCCAUCAUGUCCUUCAUCAACGCUGUGCUCAGUCAGGGAGCAGGAGAGACCAGUCUGGAGUUCCGCAUCCACUUGCGUUAUGAGUUCCUGAUGUUGGGCAUUCAGCCGAUCAUUGACAAACUGCACUCCAAUGACAACGCCAUCCUGAACAGACAUUUAGACUUCUUUGAGAUGUUGCGGAAUGAAGACGAGCUUCUAAUGUCCAAACAGUUUGAUGCUGUCCAUAUAGAAACUAAAAGUGCCAGCCAGAUGUUUGAGGUGAUCAAGAGACAUCUGAGCCACACUGAAGCGUACCCUCACCUGCUGUCUGCACUGCAGCACUGUCUCAUGAUGCCCUACAAGCAGAGCAGCACCACGCUCCAGUACUGGGUGCUGUUGGAUCGGAUAGUCCAGCAGCUGGUUCUGCAGACGGACAAAGGAGAAAACCCAGAUGUCGCUCCACUGGAGGACUUCAACGUGAGAAACAUUGUAAGCAUGCUCAUCAAAGAGAGUGAGGUCAAACAAUGGAAAGAACAAGCUGAUAAAAUGAGAAAAGAGCAUCAGAACCUUCAGCAGCGCUUUGAAAAGAGAGAGCGGGAGGUUGAGGCCAAGAAUAAGGAGAAAGACGACAUGAUGGUGAUGCUGAACAAGCUGAAAGACAAACUGGAGCGGGAGAGCAACGAGCACAAGCAAGCUCGACAACAAGUGGGAGACCUGUCUGCCCGGCUGCAGCAGCUCAGCUCUACCUCCAGUGUGCCAGGAGGACCCCCCGUGGCCGAUGCUGGUUCAGUUCCUCCUGCUCCUGUCCCGGCCCUGCCUGUUGCUCCACCUCCCCCCCCUCCACCUCCUCCUCCAGGAGGCCCACCAGGUUUUGGCAUGGCUCUAUUUGCCCCACCUCCUCCACCAGGAGCUCCACUAGGAACAGCCCAGAGGAAGAACAUUCCUCGGCCAUCCAACCCCCUGAAGUCCUUCAACUGGAGCAAACUGCCUGAGAGCCAGAUAGAAGGAACCAUAUGGAAAGAGAUGGAUGAUCUCAAGGUGUUUAAAGUUCUGGAUCUAGAAGAGUUCCAGAAGACCUUCUCAGCCUACCAGAAACCUCAAGUAUUACAUCAGAAGGAUCAUGAGGAGGACCAGUCCUUUGUGAGGAAAGUGAAGGAGCUGUCAGUAAUUGACGGUCGACGAGCUCAGAACUGUAACAUUCUGCUCUUACGACUGAAGCUGACCAAUGAGGAGAUCCGACAUGCUGUCCUGUCCAUGGACGAACAGGAAGACCUACCUAAAGACAUGCUGGAGCAGCUCCUGAAAUUCGUCCCUGAGAAGAGUGACAUUGAGCUGUUGGAAGAACACAAGCAUGAGCUGGAUCGUAUGGCCAAAGCAGACCGCUUCCUGUAUGACAUGAGCAGCAUCAACCACUAUCAACAGAGACUGCAGUCCCUCUACUUCAAGAAGAAGUUUGCUGAAAGAGUGGCUGAGAUCAAACCUAAAAUCAAAGCUCUGAGCAUUGCGUCCCAGGAGGUGGUGAAGAGCGGGGCGCUGCUUCAGCUCCUGGAGGUGGUGCUGGCCUUUGGAAACUACAUGAACAAAGGACAACGAGGAAACGCCUGGGGAUUCAAAGUGUCCAGUCUCAACAAGAUAGCCGACACCAAGUCCAGCAUUGACAAAAACGUCACUCUUCUUCACUACAUGGUCACUGUGCUGGAGAGGAAAUACCCGAAGUUGGCAGCUUUCAGUGAAGAGCUUCAGACUGUGCCAGAAGCUGCGAAGGUCAACAUGACAGAGUUGGAGAAGGACAUUGGCAAGCUGAGAUCUGGCCUGAAAAAUGUUGAGGCGGAGCUGCAGUACCAGCAGGGCCGCUCCCCUCAGGGUCCUCAGGACAGGUUUAUCCCUAUGGUCAGUCAGUUCAUCACUGUGGCCUCCUUCGGCUUCUCUGACGUGGAGGACUCACUCAGUGAGGCCAAACAAGUGUUUGGAAAGGCGCUGACACGUUUUGGAGAAGACACGUCCAACAUGCAGCCAGAUCAGUUCUUUGGGAUGUUCAACACUUUCCUCACAGCUUACUCAGAGGCCCAGCAGGAGAACGAGAACAUGGCGAGACGCAAGGAGGAGGAGGAGAGACGGGAACUCUUGGAGGCACAGCUGAAGAAAGACAGGGAGCAGAAGGGCAGGAAGGCCAGAGCCAACGCAGAAGAGGAGAGCGGUGAGUUCGAUGACCUGGUGGCCGCUCUGCGCUCUGGAGAAGUGUUCGAUCGGGAUAUGUCCACAAUGAACCGCAGGAAGCAGCGGACACAGAAAGUGUUGGAGAGCAGCCGGGAGAGAGUAGUGACAAGACUAAACCAGUGACCAACUUCAUCUUUAAAGCUGUCAGGAAGUACACAAACAUACUGAAACACUGCUGACUAUUGAACAUAAUCAAUGUAUGUUAAUGUAGGCUUUUUAGAAUAGUAUUGGGCUACUUUGACCAAUUUCCAGAAUCAGGUGUCCGGUGCCUUGCUGAAGGGCACCACGGCAGGGCAGGAGGUGAACUGGGACCUCUCCAAGUAGAAGUCCACACUCCAUAUUUAGGUCUGGUCAGGGACUUGAACCGGUGACCCUUCAGCUCUCAGUCCGAGCCCCUACUGACUGAGCCACUGCCGGAGUUCCAUUAGUAAUGUACAUUAAUCUGUUCUUAAUAUAAGAUUUUAAACUAUUAUCAUUUAAGUGUUUUUUGUCAGCUGUUACACACUACUCCAUCAUUUCUUUUAAACAACGCUUUGUAAAAAUGUAUACAACUAUAUCCUGCAAUAGCUGCAUUUAAUAAGUUGAUGUUUUGAUUUUUAUUUACCAUCAUUUUGUUUUUGGGGUGGUUUGCAUUCCCUAUAAAUAAUAAUAAUGAUAAUAAAUUAUAUUUUCAUAGCGCUUUCUGGGACUCAAAGUCUUUUUUACAAUAUAAGGGAGGGUGGGGGUUGGGUGGGUACAAACAAAUAAGGACAAACAAAGACGAUACAAUAAUUAGAGUUAUUCUCGAACCAGGGAUCAGUAUUAUCUGUUGAUACGGGUACAUGUACAGUACAAUAGUAAGUGAUAUAUGGGUGAGAUAAAAAUGUUAAAGGUGUAUUUUUUAUAAAAUGACAGUCCUUUAACAAGGCUAAAGCUUGUCUAUAUACAAAACUGGCAUUAUGUCAUGAACAAUACCUGCUGAUUCAAUAAA